AUGCUUGAAAAGACUUUUGAGGUCAAGUGUGAAAGUGUCAAUGCGCAUCUUCAUAAACAAUCGCUAGAACUACGCACAUGUCAAGAACAUUUAACUGUAGAAAAAAAUAAAAAUACUACAAAUGAACAUGAACAUCAAAAACUAUCUAAUUUAAUACAUUUAUCAAAAGAACAAAUUGAAAAACUUGAACAUAAUUUACAAGAAUUUAAAAUAAAAAAUGAACAAUAUGAAUAUACAAUAAAUGAAUUAAAUUCUCGAAAUAAUUUAAUUGAAACAAAAUUAAUUGAAACAAUGACAUUAAUUGAUUUACGUAAUAAAACAUUAAUUGAUUAUGAACAACAAAUGGAUAAAAUAAAAAUUGAAUUAAUACAAAAACAUAAAGAAAUUCUUGAUAAACAAUGUCAUAUUGAUCAAUUAGAACAAGCUGUUAUUGAUAAAACAGCUGAAGUUGCACAAUUAAAUGAAAUACUUGAAACUGGUCUUGUUAAAAGUCAUCAUAGAGAAAAAUUUGCUGAAGAUAAUGCAUCAAAAGCAUUACAUGAUGUUAAAAUUUUACAACGUGAACUUCGUCAUGUAUCAGAAACAUUAGCUCAACGUGAACACGCUAAUAAUGCACUUAAUCAACAAAUUCAACAAUUAACAAAUGAAUUAAAAAUAAAACAAGAUGAAUUUCAACAAAUGCAAAAAUCAUUAAAUAAACAAUUGACAAUUAAACAAGAACAACUUGUACGUUAUGAUCAAAAUCUUCAUGAAGUAGAAAUAAAGUCAAAAUAUGCUAAAGAAGAAUGUUUAAUACAAGAAAAAGAAAUUGCACGUUUAAAUAAUGUUCAAGAAGAACAAGAAAAUCGUAUUAAAAUAUUACAACAAGAUUUAUUAAAACUUCAAGAAGAGAAAGAAUCAAUAAAUGUUCAAUAUGAACGUUCAGAAUCUGAUAUUCGUAAUAUAAAAAUUUUACGUGAAGAUGAAACACGUAAAUAUCGUCACGAAAUUGAAAAAUUAAAUAGUGAAAUAACAUCAUUAAAAACAAAUGAAACUGAUUUAUUAAAAAAUAUUGAUGAAUUAAAAGAAAAUCUUUUAAAUAUAACAAGUGAACGUAAUGAUAUACGAGAACAAAAUGAAAAUUAUCAAAAUGAAAUUGAAAAUAUACAAAAAAUGUUAUAUGAUGAAACUGAAUCAGCUUCAAAAUCUUCAACAAAAAAUGUUUCAUUAACACGACAAUUAGAUGAAGAACAGAAACGUGCUACAGAUGCUAUACGUCAAUUAGAUGAAUUAAGAAUGCAAUCGAAAAGUUCAUCAAUGACAACUGAUACAUUAAAAACUGAACUAAGUCAAGCACGUUCACUUAUACAAGAACAUGCUGUUAAAGAAAUAGAUUUAAAACAAAAUUUAAAUCGAACAAAUUCAUUAUUAGAAGAAACGAAUAAAUCACUCAAUGAUCGACAACGUGAAAUUGAAACACUUAAUCAUCUUCUAUCACGUUUGCAAAUUGACUAUGAAAAAUCAAAAAAUGAAUUAUCAAUUGUACAAGAUCAAAUAAUUCAAUAUGAAAUUGAAAAUCAAACAUUAAAGCAACAUUUAACAGAAAAAACAACUGAAUUAUCAGCACUUACAAAUCGUCUUCAUCAAGUACAACAAGAUUUUCAUUCAUAUGAAAAAGAACAUCGAUAUUCAAAUGAAGAAUAUUUUGAACGUGAGCAACGUAUGAAAACAAUCGAAAAUGAAUUAUCAAUGAUGAUUAGUAAUUAUGAAAAACUUCAACGUGAAUAUGCUACUUUAAAUGAAGAUUUAACUCAACAUCGAUAUGAUCUUGAACAAAGUCAUAAAUCUGAUACUUCACAUAAAGAACAAUUAGUACAAUCAAUAGAAGAAGCGAAAAUCUGUAAACGAAAAUUAGCAUUACUUGGCAAUUGUUUCAAGACAGUUGUUCGAAAGGCAUCCGAAACAAGUGAACGAUGGGCUAAUAUUACAUCAAAACUUCAUGAACAAGUAACUGAUUUAAGUGAAGAUGCAAAUAGACUUCGUAUACUUGACGAACGUUUUGAACAGUCAACAAAAAUUUUAACACUUUUACGAAGUCAACAUGAAGAUUUAAUUUUACAAUUUAUGGCUGUUAAACCUGUUCUUGAAAAAGCUCAUUUAUAUGUACGAGAAUAUAAACGUAAAUGGUCUCAAACAAGUGAUGAAAAUCGUCAUUUACGCAUGGAAAUAAAACGUAUGAGAGCUAAAAUUGAUGAUUUUCAUCGAGCUGAAGGUAUAAUGCAUACAAAAAUUGAUGAACAGGAAAUAAAUUUAGUACAAUUACGUAAAGAACUCAAUAAUGAAACACAAACUCAUUCUGAAGCUCAAACACUUAUUGAACGUUUAAAACAUACAUUAGAUGAUACGAUACAAGAACGUGAUCAAUUAAUUAAAAAUAUGACAAAUGCUAAUAAAAAGAUUGAAAAACUUGAAAAUGAUAUUGAUGGAUAUACAAAUGAAAAUUGUUUAUUACAUCAAGCAACACAAAAAUUAGAAAAACAAUUAGCAAAUGCACAUGGACAUAAUGAAUCAUUACAAAGAACAUAUCAACAGAAUGAAUUAUCAUAUCAAGAAAAAAUAAAUGAAUGUGAAUCAUUAUUAGGAUCAUUAAAAGAUGCUAAUAAAGAUUCAUUAUUUUUAUUAGAACAGAAAAAAGCUGAAUUAAAUAUGACACAAUCAGAAAUACAAUCAUUAAAAUAUGAACAAUCCACAACCAAUGCAAAGUUUGAAAAAAUAGAAGAAAUGAAUCAAGAGUUAAAACGACAUAUAUCUAUUCUUGAACGAUCAAAUGAUGAAUAUAAACGUUUAAUACGAAAACGUGAAAAAGAACUUGAACAAGUUAAAAAUGAAUUUGACAAUAAUGUAAAAAAUGUUUCAUCACUUAGUAAUAAGUGCACAAAACAAGAUGCCGAAUUAAAUGUUCUUCGUCUUGAAAAUUCAUCUUUAAGUGAAGAAUUAAAAUUAAUGCGUGACAAUGUGAAUCGUUGUGAACAAGAACAAAGACGUCUAAGAAAAGAUUGUGACCAAGCAUUAAAUUUUAUUCAUGACGGCAUUCCCGAAUUGUGUUUGGACGAUGGUAUUACCAACAGUAAUCGAAAUGGAACAUUACAAGAACAUUUAAAGAAAAUUCCAUCGUUAAUGCAACAAUUAUCAGGCGAUAGAGAAAAUUUAAAAACUAAAAAUGCACUUCUAGUACAAUUUGUUCAUGGACUUACUUAUGAUCUUAAUGAUUGCCAGAGUAGUCAGAAAAAAUACAAAUUACUUAAAGCACAUUCAAAACAACAACAAUUAUUAUUAAAUCAAUUGGAAGCUCAUGUUCGCUUUUAUGAAUCUGUUUUCAAGGAAAAAGGAUUUUUUCCAACAAUUGAAUAUUCUUCAGGAUCAACGGUAGCUUCAGCACCUGAUGUUAUCGACAAAGAAAAGUUGAUUUGUUUACCAGAUCGAACAAAUGGGUCUUGUCAAUGGACUUUAUUUGGUUGGAAUCCUUAUUACGGAUGUGGAUAUAAUCAAAAGAUGAGUUCACAUUCAUGUAUUAUGAAAAAUUUUGAUGGAUCGAAAUCUACAUUUCUCACAAAACUAAAUUUAUCAUUAAAUUAUCAAUACUGUUUAGAAUUCAAAUAUCUUAUUACUGGAUCUGUUAUAGAUUCUUGUAUGAAUUUUUAUGGAAAAACUUGGCCUAAUAUUAAAAAACUGUCCAUAUUGUUUUCGAGUUUUUGUAUUCCAAAUGAACAACUUGAGUUACUUUGGCAUUCUUUUACUGUUCCACUUCCAGAAAAUUUAACUAUGAUUAAUGUCGUCACAGAAAGUAAUGGUAUUGCUAGUAAUCAUUCAUUAGUCAUUAAAGAUUUAUUUAUUCAACAAUGUAAUCAAGUUUCAACAUUACGAAAUAUUUUACCGAUGAAUUCAACUAUUGUCUCUUCAUGGUUAAAUCCAAAACAAAAUUUCUGGAUUCAAUAUCGUUGGAUAUUCAUCAUAGGUAUUCUUAUACUUUUGCUUCUUUCUUUGAUCAUUAUUACCAUUACUCUCUAUACAUCUCAUCGAAUAUUUCAUCAAGAGCCAACAAUAACCGAACGAAUUCAAAUUCCAUCUAUGCAUCUUUCUCAACAUUAUUAUGAAGAACCUAUAUCAAUUAUUUUAACACCUCCUAUAGAUAUAAGUGUGUAUGAUCAUGUUCGAGAUAAUUAUACGAAGAAAAAACAUCAUGAAAAAAUUAUAAAAAUUACACUUCCUGAUGAAGCUAAAGCUCGUAAAACCACAUAUGGCAAACAUCAACAACAGUCAAAUAAAAGUCAACAAAGUUUGACUGUAGCUUCAUCAGCGCCUAGCAUAUCAUUACAUGAUCCAUCUUCUUCUACAAUAAAAACUGUACAAAAACUGCCAGCAUUCGAAUCCAAAAGUAAUCAAUCAAUAUCCGAUGUACAAUCAAAUCCAAUAUCUAUAACAACUGUAAAAAGUACUGAUCAAAUCAUUUCUCCAACACUUACAUUUAAUCAACCACAAGCGAAUGAAUCUAAUCCAACAAAAAAUUCAAAUUUAAUGAAUAAAACAUCGGAUAAAUUUGAAUUAACAUGGAAUUUAGAUGAAAUAAAUAAUUUUACUCGAAAUAUUUUCAAACACAAUAUUAUCACUAAACCUAUCAUUCGUUCAAAUCGAAUUCGAUUGAAAUGUGCCGUAGAUUCGGAUGAUUAUUUAACAAAAUAUAUUCAACGUCAAUCUCAUUGUUUGGAUGUUUUUGAACAAUAUAUUAAUACACUUAGACGAUCAUUUGGUAUCAUUCGUGAUGCGGCUUCUGAUGCUCCUAUAUUUGAGCCAGGUCUUACUGUAAAUCCAUCUAUUAUUGAUAAAGAAGAAUCUCACGUAUUAAAAAAAAUGGCUGGUAUAGAACCAAGAAAAAAAUUUGCAUUAGUUCAUGAACGGAUAGGAAUUUUUAUUAUUGGUGGUUACAAUUUAUAUGUCAAUGUCCCUAUUCAAAAAGAACCUGAUACAGAUUAUUUAUUCAAAUUCAGUGGGGACAUGGUAAAAAUUCCACGAUUAAGUUCAUGUCGAGUUCAUUUUGGAAUAUACACGAAUGGUGAUGCUAUUUAUGUUGCCGGUGGUCAAACAUUAUACAAUGAAUUACUUGAUGAUAUUCAACGUUUGAAUUUGCGAACAUUAAGAUGGGAAUAUGUUGCUAAAUUAACGAAUCCAAUUGCUGCUUGGUCAGAUCAGAUAUUUCUUAAUUACAAACUAAUUUUUCUAAUGUUUAGUGGUAUGACAGUUGAAGGACAACGAAUUUAUCUAGUUGGUGGUUAUGAUAUUUUUCAAAAUCAAACUCAUUUCGUCAAUACUUUUACUAUUUAUAAUUUGUCGACAGAACAAUUUGAAACAUCAACUGAUUUGCCAUUAUCACGUUGUCGUAGCCUACUCUUCGCAACUAGUAAUGCCUUGUUUUGUAUAUCAGGUCUAAUCGAAGGUCAUGAUGAGAAUGGUAAUAAAAAAAUAAAAAUUUCUACUGAUAUUUUAAAAUGGAAACGUGAAACUCCAACAUGGAUUAAAGUAUCACAAACACCUGCACUUAGCAAACUUCAUGCAUUAUCAUUCAAUGAUCCUUAUCUUGAAAUAAUAAAACGUACUAUUCACGAUAAAGAUGGUGCUACUGACACGAUAGUUGAAGCUCAUUAUGAUUUUCGAACAAACAUAUGGACAAAAGGCAAACCACCAGCGUCACCUGCAAAACAAAAAAGUAUAUCUGCUGCAAAAAAUCCAAGCAAAUUACUGACCAAAUCGCCAUCAAAAACACGAAAUAAAAUGAAAGUAACACCAACUAAAACUCCAUCAAAAACCCAGUCAACAUCGAAAAGUAUAUCACCUUCAAAAAACAAAACACCAUCAAAAUCUAAAGUCUGUCAACAUCGUUCAUAUGAAUGUAUUCAAGUUUCAUAUCGUGGUAUUAAUAAAUGUAUAACAAACUUUAAUCGUUUAACAACAGUUGCUCAUGUUAUUGAUGCAUUACUUGAUGAUUUAUCCGAAAAACAAUAUUUAUCUAUAAAUGAUUGUUGUUUAUAUAUUGAACGUCCACCAUAUUUAUUCCCAUUAAAAUCAACUGACUUUAUUCAAGAUAUUUUAUUACGUUACGCAUCAACAAAUAUACAUUUUAAAUUAUCAUUUAAACGUAAUUCAUCACCAUCACGUUUUGCACAACGUAAAAAACUUCAUCGAACAUCAUAUCAACAAACAACAUUAACAAAUGCAUAUGAACAAUUAAAAAUUCAAGAAUCAUUAAUACAACGACAACAUGAAAUAAUAACACAAUUGAAAAAAAAUAAUUUAUCAAAUGACCAUCAUAGUCAAUAUGAAUCAUCAAGAAAUUAUACGAAUUAUUUCGAUUGGAUUACUCAAAAUAAUGAUAGUGAUGAUAGCAAAAUUUCAUCAGAUAUUAUUCCAAUAUGUAGACGACAAUCACGACAGGAUGAAUAUCAUAAAGCUAUUAAUCAUAAUUCAACAAAUACAAGUCGUUCAUUAUCACGUGUUCGUUUUCGUACAUCAAUAGAAAAUAAUACAAAUCAAUUACCAUCAUCAACAGCACAAAUGAAAAGUAUUUUAAAAAAGAAUUCAUUAAAUUAUUCUAUUCUUCCACGAACUUCAAGUGUUGAUCGUGAUAUUAAUCGAUUAACAUCAAUCAAACAAAGACGAAAUAGUUUAUAUCAAUUUGAUACUGACGAUGAUAAUCUAUCAGAUCGAAGUACAACAGAUUCAUGUUUAGGUUCACUUUCAUCGAAUGAUAAUAAUAGUUAUGUUAUCAAUCAACAGCAUCUAGAAACGCUUGUUUGA